AUGCCGGCGUCAGUCACUACCGCCACCGUGGCGCCCGCACAGACGACGACAACGAAGCGAAGCAGUCCAGCGAUAGUAAGAGCAGAGAAGGAGCUGGCCUCCGAGAGCGACACACCACCAGAUGAUUUCUUCUGGACAUACACAGAAGAGCCGCACAGAACGAGACGGCAGGCCAUAAUCAAGGCACACCCAGAGGUUCUUAAGCUUUGCGGCCCUGAACCAUUGACCAUCCCACUCGUGCUGGCAGUCGUUGCACUGCAGGUCUUCUGUGCCUAUGCCGUUCGCAACGCACCAGUGCUGUCGUGGCAGUUCAUGCUCACGGCCUACAUCGUUGGAGCUACUGCCAACCAGAACCUGUUCCUGGCCAUCCACGAGAUCUCGCACAACUUGGCUUUCAAGUCACCGCUGGCCAACAGGCUCUUCGCUGUGGUAGCGAACUUACCGAUUGGUAUUCCAUACUCGGCUUCGUUCAGGCCUUACCAUCUUACACACCACAAGUCGUUGGGAGUGGAUGGGUUGGACACAGAUCUUCCCACUGCUUUGGAAGCCUGGUUCCUCGAUUCAGUUGGCGGCAAGGCCUUCUUCGCGACGUUCCAGAUCUUGUUCUACGCACUCCGACCCAUGAUGGUAUACAAGCUGCCAUUGACUGGCAUCCACGCUUUCAACAUCGCAGCGCAAGUACUGUUUGACUACGCAAUCGUGUCAGCGUUCGGUGGCGAGGCUCUUGGGUACUUCAUCAUGAGCUCCUUCCUGGCAGGCUCACUCCACCCUUGCGCGGGCCACUUCAUUGCCGAGCACUACGUGUUCUUGCAACACCAGCGGUCAAAGGAGGCAGCCUCUGCUGCUUCGGCGAAGCUUGCACCACCACCUGCCGAGACCUACUCGUACUACGGCAUCUUGAACCUGGUCACCUACAAUGUUGGCCUCCACAACGAGCACCAUGACUUCCCGGCCAUCCCAUGGACCAGGCUGUGGAAGCUCAAUGAGAUUGCGAACGAGUUCUACGGCGACUUGCCGUGUCACUACAGCUGGACUGGUGUCAUCUGGCAGUUCAUUGUCGACAAAGAGGUGGGACUAUGGUGCAGAGUCAAGCGCAAGGAAGGUGGCCGCAAGGUCGGCGCUGGAACAGAUGCUACAGCUAAGCACUCCCAGCCUAUAGAUAUCAUCGGAUAG